GGGACCCCGAGGGCCUCCGAGGAGCCCCGAGCGCGCCGCCGCCCGCCCCGGCCGCCUGGGACCCGGCGCCCCGAGCCCUCCUGCACGGCUGUGCGGUGCUUCCCCGACCGCCAAGGGGCUCGGCCGUCAGACAUGAACUACGCGCGGUUCCUCACCGCCGCCAGCGCUGCCAGACAGCCGUCGGCCAUCCGCGUCGUGACUGAGAUAUUGAGCAGGAUGCCGAAAUCAUUAAUUUCCUUGGCUGCUGGAAUGCCAAACCCCAACACCUUCCCCUUUAAGACUGCUGUUAUCACCAUAGAAAAUGGAAAGCCCAUCCAAUUUGAUGAAGAGAUGAUGAAGAGAGCACUUCAGUAUUCUCAAAGUGCUGGAAUCCCAGAGCUGUUAUCCUGGAUAAAACAGUUACAAGUAAAAUUGCAUAAUCCUCCCACCAUCAAUUACCCAACCAACCAAGGACAAAUGGACAUAUGUAUAACAUCUGGCAGCCAAGAUGGUCUUUGCAAGGUGUUUGAAAUGAUCAUUAAUCCUGGAGAUAAUGUCCUGCUAAAUGAACCUAUUUAUUCAGGAACACUUCAAGCUCUGAAGCCCCUGGGCUGCAACAUUAUUAAUGUUCCCAGUGAUGAAUUCGGCAUUAUUCCAGACUCCCUCAAAGAAGUCCUUUCCAAAUGGAAACCAGAAGACUCCAAGGAUCCCAAGAAAAACACCCCCAAAUUUCUUUACACUGUACCAAAUGGCAACAACCCUACAGGAAACUCAUUAACAAGUAACCGCAAGAAGGCAAUCUAUGAGCUUGCAAGAAAAUAUGAUUUCCUCAUCAUAGAAGAUGAUCCUUACUAUUUUCUCCAGUUUAGCAAGCCCUGGGCACCAACAUUUCUUUCAAUGGAUGUCGAUGGGCGAGUCAUCAGAGCGGACUCUUUUUCAAAAGUCCUCUCCUCUGGGUUGCGAAUAGGGUUUAUAACGGGUCCAAAACCCUUGAUAGAGAGAGUCAUUUUACACACACAAGUUUCAACUCUGCACCCUAGCACUUUUACACAGCUUCUGGUGUCACAGCUUCUACACCAAUGGGGAGAAGAGGGUUUCCUGGCUCAUGUAGACAGGGUUACUGAUUUCUAUAGGAACCAGAAGGAUGCAUUACUGGCAGCUGCAAACAAAUGGUUAAGUGGUUUGGCAGAAUGGCAUGUCCCGGCUGCUGGAAUGUUUUUAUGGGUUAAAAUUAAGGGUAUUUAUGAUGUAAAACAAAUGAUUGAAGAAAAAGCCAUUCAGAAAAAGGUAUUAAUGCUUCCUGGAAAUGUUUUUUACAUCGAUAACUCAGCUCCUAGUCCUUACUUCAGAGCAUCCUUCUCUUCAGCUUCUCCAGAACAGAUGGAUAUGGCCUUCCAGAGAUUAGCCCAACUUAUUAAAGAAUCUUUAUGAAGAAAUCAAACUAUGAAAAAAUCAAACUCUUUCAUGGAUUUUUCAGAUAAAUUAUUUUUAUGUUUUAGCAAGAAGAAAUGAUUAUUGGCAUUAGACUUACAGAUUGGAUUUCAACAAUCAUGUCAUGUCUGUAGUAAUUGUGCCCUUAAAUUCAUCAGAUUGACAAAAUAUAAUCCACUUAUACCUUUUGAUAAAUUUUCACUCUGCAAAAAUCAUUUUCUCCUGGAUUUUAUUAUAAAUAACUCUAAUUGCUUUCUGAUUUCCCAUAAACUUUCCUUGAAACAUUUUACAAUAAAUUAUUUUGAAAAUGUAAGAAAAUAAAUUCAGAAUGGUAUAUGAA